AUGUCCUCGCCUAGCAUCUAUCUCGCCGUGAUCGGCGUCGGCGGUGUCGGCACCUGUUUUCUGUCUCAGGUCUCUUCGUUACCUGCUCGUUUGCGCCCCACCCUGAUUUUCCUUUCCCGUUCCUCGAAGCAACUCUACGAUACGUCCUACACCCCUGUUUCGCCCUCCGACUUGCAAGCCUCGACCUCAAAACUCCUCUCCAUUCCUGACGAACUCAUCAAAUAUCUCUCGUCCGCGCCUGGAAAGGUCAUACUCGUCGACAACACCUCCUCUCAAGAUGUCGCAAACGCAUACCCAUCGUUUCUACGCAAAGGGAUCAGUGUCGUGACGCCGAACAAGAAGGCCUUUUCCAGCAGUCUACAGCUCUGGAACGAUAUAUUCUCCGCAGUCGAUCAGGCAAAUGGACAAGCUAUGGUCUACCACGAAUCCAGUGUGGGUGCCGGCCUUCCCGUGAUAUCUACAUUGAAAGACCUGGUCGCGACGGGCGAUCAAGUCACACGCAUUGAAGGCGUGUUUUCAGGAACCAUGUCAUUCCUGUUCAACUCCUUUGCUCCCGUCGAUGGAUCCGGCAAAGGGAAAUGGUCGGAGAUUGUGAAGCAGGCGAAAGAGGCAGGGUACACUGAACCCGAUCCGAGGGACGACCUGAACGGGAUGGACGUCGCGAGGAAACUCACCAUUCUCGCUCGUCUGGCAGGGUUGAAGGUGCAAGGACCAGAUUCCUUCCCCGUUCAGAGUCUCAUCCCGAAAGAACUUGAGUCCGCGAGUUCCAGCGACGAGUUCAUGGCUCGCCUACCUGAAUUUGACGAGCAGAUGGAGUCGUACAAGUCCCAGGCGGCCGCUCAGAACAAGGUUGUGAGAUACGUCGGGUCGGUGGAUGUUGGCAAGAGUGAGGUCAAGGUCGGAUUGGAAAUGGUAGAGAAGGGAUCACCGAUUGCCGGCUUGAAGGGCAGUGAUAACUUGAUUUGCUUUUAUACCAAACGGUACGGUGCGAACCCGCUGGUCAUACAGGGAGCGGGCGCAGGCGGCGAAGUCACCGCGAUGGGUGUCACAGCAGACCUGAUCAAGGUGGUCGAGCGCUUGGGAUAG